CUUUUGAUCAGACAAGAGAGUCAAUGAAUGAGAAAAGGUUCUUCACUUCUACUAUGACAUCUCAGGCUACGGAAGAGACUGAUGACAAUACUGUGAGUGGCUGGAGUGUCCCCGAAGAGAUCCAACAAAUACUGUACGGCACAUCGAAUGUACAUUUCAAGAAGGAAUCACUUCCAGAAGAUGCUUGCUCCAUUGCCAGUCUUAAUAAUAUUGACAGUAUGAGUGAAAGUACCAGCAGCAUCCUUAGCAAGCUGGAUUGGAAUGCCAUAGAGGCUAUGGUAGCAAAUGUGGAGGAGAAGUAAAAACUUAUCUUGCCUGUUCUAGUCUUUAAAAGGACAUUAAAUGGAAUAU